UAAUCUCGGCUGCUGACAGCCUGGCAGUGUAUAGAAGGUGCUAAGAAAUGGCGACCUCAGUGCGAUCGGCAGCAGCGCCGCGCCGCCUCGCUCCGUCGGCACCUCCGGCGAGCGCCGGGCAUGUCCGAGGAUUGGCGCGCUUCGGUAAUCGAACCGGGCCCCUCGGUGCCCGAGGAUUGUCAAUGGUGGUUGCCGACUCCACCCGCCGUCGGGCCAAGUUUGGCAGCGGGGACAGCGUCCUCGGGGCUCCCGUCCUUGGAGGGCCCGGGGCGGAAUUGGGGGAUCAGUUGAGCGUGGUGAUGAAGUUCGGGGGAUCCUCGGUGUCGUCGGCCGCGAGGAUGGAGGAGGUUGCCGACCUCAUCCUGGCGUUCCCCGAGGAGCGCCCCGUCGUCGUCCUCUCUGCAAUGGGGAAAACCACCAACCUCCUGCUCCUCGCUGGAGAGAAGGCAGUGGGUUGUGGAGUGAUCCAUGUUUCUGAAAUCGAAGAGUGGAACACAAUCAAAGACCUGCAUAUUAAAACUGUUGAUGAACUUGGACUGCCAAGAUCCGAAAUACAUGACAUGCUGGAUGAACUGGAGCAACUCUUGAAAGGUAUCGCAAUGAUGAAAGAGCUGACACUUCGAACCAGAGACUACCUUGUUUCAUUUGGAGAAUGCAUGUCCACACGGAUCUUUGCUGCUUAUUUGAACAAAAUUGGUGUCAAAGCACGGCAGUAUGACGCAUUUGAUAUUGGUUUCAUAACAACAGACGAUUUCGGUAACGCUGAUGUCUUGGAAGCAACUUAUCCUGCUGUUGCUAAGAGACUUCAUGGAGACUGGAUACGGGAUCCAGCAAUACCCGUAGUAACUGGAUUCCUUGGGAAGGGCUGGAAAUCAGGAGCUGUUACUACUUUAGGCCGAGGUGGUAGUGACUUGACUGCUACAACCAUUGGUAAAGCCUUGGGACUGAGAGAAAUUCAGGUAUGGAAGGAUGUUGAUGGUGUACUCACUUGUGAUCCAAAUAUCUACCCACAUGCAAAGACUGUUCCGUACUUAACAUUUGAAGAGGCUACAGAACUUGCUUAUUUUGGUGCCCAGGUUUUGCAUCCACAAUCAAUGAGACCUGCUAGAGAAGGUGAUAUACCAGUUAGGGUUAAGAAUUCAUACAACCCUAAAGCUCCAGGCACCCUUAUCACUAAACAAAGAGAGAUGGAUAAGGUUGUACUUACUAGUAUAGUGCUGAAGUCAAAUGUCACUAUGUUGGACAUAGUGAGCACUCGGAUGCUUGGUCAGUUUGGUUUUCUGGCAAGGGUAUUUUCUAUAUUUGAAGAUCUAGGCAUAUCUGUGGAUUGUGUUGCCACUAGUGAAGUUAGCAUUUCUGUGUCACUUGAUCCAUCAAAGAUCUGGAGUAGGGAACUUAUUCAGCAGGAACUUGACAAUGUAGUCGAAGAGCUUGAGAAAAUAGCAAUUGUUCAUCUACUUCAGCAGAGGGCAAUAAUUUCGCUCAUCGGAAACGUGAAACGAUCAUCUCUUAUACUAGAAAAGACCUUCCAGGUGCUGAGGAAAUGCGGUGUCAAUAUUCAGAUGAUCUCACAAGGGGCAUCCAAGGUUAACAUGUCGCUGAUAGUUCAUGACAGCGAGGCGAAGGCCUGCAUCAAAGCCCUCCAUCAGGCAUUCUUCGAGGACGAGGAUGUUCUCACACAAGUUGAAACGGAGAACCUGCUGGUGGGUUGACCGAUACAGGUCGCCGUCUCCAGCAUGUUAUCCAGCAUCAGCUCCACCUUGUCAUCUAUCUCCAUCAUCAGUGGCUUAAUCCGCUUUGCGUGAACAGCAUUGUGUAUUUAAUUUGUCAGUCUGCUUCCCACUGAAUGGCUGAAAAAAGACAUGGCUUUUUAUUGUUCCCAACUCGGGUGAACACAACGAACACCGCUUGUGCAUGAACACUGAAUGGAUGUUUUUGAGAGAGAUAACAAUGAGCAGUUGAACAGCAUUUGAAUGCACAGUUGUGCACACAUCAAUGAACACAGUGUGUACUCGCCA